AUGCCAUUGUCUGAAGCAUGGGUCGACUUUAUUGCCGGUUGGGCCAGCGGAGCAGUUUCUGUCUUGGCCAUUCAACCCGUGGACACCAUUCUGACGCGCUUUCAAGCCAAUGGGCGAAUCACCGCGAGUGCUACGCUACAAGAUUCCCAAGCCUUGAUCAAUCGAAAUGGUUUCAAGGCUCUUUGGAGAGGUAGUUCUGCCAUGAUCACUGCUGUACCAAUGCAGAAUGCCAUGCUGAUGGGUGGUUAUGGAAUUGGAAAGCAGUGGGCCGAGGACGCUUCGUCUUCGUCUUCUUCUUCUACUACUAGUACUAGUACUGGUACAACCGCCACCAAAAGCAACAUCUACACAAGUGUCUUUAUUGGAGGAUGUGCUGGAGGCAUCGCUCAGAGCUUUCUCAUGUCACCCGUAGAACUGUUCAAGGUGAAUCAACAGGUCAACGUUAGCAAGUCAGUGAGAGAUGUUGGCAUUGAAUUGGCGAGUGGGUUUGGUGCGUAUGCCACAACAGCAUCCACUUCGGCUGCAACUGGAUCUUCCUGGAGAGGAUUGAAUGCUACAUUAUUGCGAGAUGCAAUUCCACAUGGUGUAUGGUUUGCUUCGUACGAGUGGUGCAAGACCGCCAUGACCCAAGCACUUUCUAUUCCUGCUGAUGGCGAAGACGGCGAGACAAGCAAGACGUCGUAUUCUCAUGAACACUUGACGGUACCGCUAUUCUCUGGUGCUUUUGCGGCAACUGUUGCAUGGGGUGUUGGUUAUCCAGCUGAUAUCAUCAAGACACGAAUCCAAGCCACUGAGCCUCAUGUUGUAAAGGGGAUCUUUGAAACUGGAUUGGAGUUGAUUGCCGAGGCCAAUGGAAAUGUCUUUCAAGGCUUGUACCGUGGAUUUGGUUUGAAAUUGGUUCGAUCCAUUCCGGCGAGCAUGAUUGGCUUUACGACUUAUGAAUUUGCAGCCUAUCAGUUGCGAACUUAG